AGACACUCACAGGCAACCUGAACAACAGAAGGGGUCAACUGGGCUCUCCCGCGCUUUGGAAUCCAGCUGGGAUUUGGAUUUUCUGCUGGCUGUGGGUCAAGGGUGUGGAGUGGGAAGGCGAGGCCAUGUGGCGGCUGUCCUCAGCUCUGCUGCUUCUCAGUUUCCCAGGCUGUUUCUCCAUCCAAGGCCCAGCAUCGGUGAGAGGCCCAGAGAAUGGAUCGGUGACCAUUCGAUGUCGCUAUAGCUCAAGGUGGCAGAUGUACAACAAGUAUUGGUGCCGAGGAGCGGACUGGAGCACCUGCAGGGUCCUCAUUCGAACCAGGGGAUCAGAGAAAGAAAAGAAGAGUGGCCGGCUGUCCCUCAGGGACAACUGGAGGGACAACUCACUCCUGGUUACCAUGGAGAUGCUUACGCAAAAUGACACAGACACAUACUGGUGUGGUAUUGAAAAGUUUGGAACUGACCGUGGGACCAGAAUUAAAGUAACCGUUUACUCAGAAGGAAAGGAUACCAUGUCUUCCAAGAUGCUUUCUACUAUGCCCACUAUGGACAGCAAUGCGUAUGUGAUGUCUUCUGACUUGCACAAGAGGACUCACUACUUACUCCUGGUAUUUGUGAAGGUGCCUGUCUUGCUCAUCUUGGCUGGUGUUGUCCUCUGGCUGAAGGGGUCAACUCAGAAGGUCUCUGAGGAAGAGUGGAGACAUACCUUCUGUAGCAAUUUGGACUCAGAACUUACAGUCAAAGACAUUGCUCCUUAGACUGCUUUGUAAGCAGAGCUUUCCCAUUCUGGACUCUCACUCCAGAGACCACACCACGGAAGAAACAUCUUUAAGUCCUCGGUGGGUAGUGACUGAGGCUGGUGCCCAGAGGGCUUGGCCAGGCAUGAUCUCCACUCUGCACACCAUGGGGCCACCACUCAGGACCCCCUGAAGUGUCAUCACACCUGAAGUACCAGUAACUCGCUCCCCCGUACGUCCUCACCUGCCCUAUCCCAUCUACCCACCACGGUCAGCCUGGGGUGAGAACUGCUGGAAUGGAGCCCAAGCUGCAGAAAGACAGAUGUGUGUCCCCUGCUGAGAAAGCUCCUGAGACAAAAACACGGAGAAGCAGAAGGGCAUGUUAGAUCCCUGUCAUAGAGAGCUAGGGGAGGGUGGGGCAAGCAGGCGUCCAUCCUCCGUCUGUCCCGGACACUGAGCCCACCCCUAGCAUUCACCUUGGAGGAAAGGUGAAGAAUAAAGCCCAGCUGACAGGCCCAGGGUCUGGAGUGUAGAGAACUCAGACACCCGUGACUCGGCCAUGGAGCUGGGGCUGCAUUUCCCAGCAGGUGUGUUUUGCUCCAAGGCCAGGAACAGAAGGUCACACACCCUUAAAUAGAGCCGUGGCCUACACAGACUCAUGGCAUGCUGGUUUUAACCGAAGGUUAGCCAGGGGAGAGUAGCAGAGAGAGCCAUGUGUCUCUUGACCUGGGUCCUCUGCAGAAAAAGUCCGGGUUAUGGUAGCUCGUCAGAGUAACUGCCAACAGCACCAGCCAGGAAGGGGGAGACAGCGAGAAUAAUCCCUUAUCGUAGGGUUCUUCUGCUUUUAACUGUGGUUAGGGGAAAAACAAAGGAGCCUAGCAUGCCCUUUUCAUGAAAUUUCCAGUGCAUAGCACAGAGUUGGUGUGUACAGUGCAAAGGCAGCAGAUCUCUAGAACAUUCAGACUCAGACUCUAAGCCCCACUGGGCAAAACCUCCACCAAGUCCUGGCUACCACCAUUUCCCUUUUGUCCCCCAUGAGUUUUGCUAAUAUACCUGGGUGGAACCUGGGUGCUAUCCUGCGGUUGUUUCUUAGUUAGCAUCGGGUCCCCAAGGAUCCUCCAUCUUCUAGCAGAUGACAGAACUCCAUUAUGGCAAAUGCUGAGUGAAAUUCCACCGUGUGGACACGUGACUCAUUUACUAACAGCCCUUUGUCUGUUAUUACCUUGGCCUUUGAGGACAAUGAGCCUGGGUGUGUUGGUAUGGCGAUAAGAUGCUGUCUUCAGUUCUCUUGGAUAUAGUCGUGAGGGUUAACCUUGACUGUCAAUUUGAGUCUCCUGUGAGAUGCACCUCUAAGCUUUUCUAUGAAGGUGCUCCCAAGGAGGUUUAACUGAGGAGGGAUGGCCCACCCUGACAUGGGCAUUCACCAUCCCAUAGCCUGGGGUCUCAGAGUGAAUAAAAAACGAGGAAAGGAAGAAAUCAAAGCGAGCACCAGUUGGUUCUCUCUCUCUCCUUCCUGAGGAUGAAGUAUGACUAUGAAGCUCAUGAUUUGGCCACUACAGCCAGAUCUACUCCUGCUGCUGUGCCUUCCCCAACAUGAUGAACUGUAGCCCUUCAAACCGUGAGCCAAAAUAAAUCCUCCCUUCCUCACAGCAUGGAGACAAGUAACUAGCAUGUGUACCAAAGAAUACUAUUGCUGGGCCAUGUGACAAUUGUUCUUUGUCAUCCCCCCCAAAAAAGUUCUUUUUUAAAAAAACUGUAACUUUUAUUCAUUAA